UUGAAUAGUUGAACCAUGUUCAGCGGCCGGUGCGAAGCUGCGCUCCUUGGCGGACGUCGGACGGCCGCAGCUGCAAUCCUCUCCGGAAGGUCGCAUACAAUGGCAGCGCCCAAGAAAGUCUGCCUUCUCGGCUCUGGCAACUGGGGCUCUGCUAUAGCCAAAAUUGUUGGUGCCAAUGUGGCCCAGAACCCCAAGUUUGACAAGACUGUCAACAUGUGGGUGUUUGAGGAAGUGGUGAAUGGCCGAAAGCUCACAGAGAUAAUCAACACUGAACACGAGAACAUCAAGUAUCUCCCCGGGCACAAGUUACCCUCGAAUGUGGUAGCCGUCCCGGAAUUGCCCGAUGCCGUGAAAGGAGCAGACAUCCUUGUUUUUGUGGUGCCACACCAGUUCGUCGGAAAAGUGUGUGAUGGCAUCAAAGAUCAUAUCAAGAAGGAUGCCCUGGGCAUGUCCCUCAUCAAGGGUGUAGAUGAGGGCCCAGAGGGGCUGAAGUUGAUCUCAGACGUCAUCCGGGAAAAGUUGGGAAUCACCAUGACGGUACUGAUGGGUGCCAACAUUGCCAACGAAGUUGCCGAUGAAAAAUUCUGUGAAACCACCAUUGGGUGCAAGAACAAAGAAUACGGACCUCUGUUGAAAGAGCUGAUGCAGACGCCCAACUUCCGUGUGACGGUGGUGGAGGAGUCAGAUGUGGUGGAGAUUUGUGGAGCUCUGAAGAACGUGGUGGCGGUGGGUGCAGGCUUCUGUGAUGGUCUCGGCUUCGGGGACAACACCAAGGCAGCAGUGAUCCGUCUGGGGCUGAUGGAGAUGAUCGCCUUCGCCCGCAUCUUCUGCACCGGCGGGCCUGUGUCCCCGGCCACCUUCCUGGAGAGCUGCGGCGUGGCCGACCUCAUCACCACCUGCUACGGCGGCCGCAACCGCAAGAUCGCAGAGGCCUUCGUCAAAACGGGGAAGUCAAUCGAGGAGCUGGAGAAGGAGAUGCUGAACGGGCAGAAGCUGCAGGGCCCAGCAACAGCGCUGGAAGUCAACCACAUCCUCAAGCACAAAAACCUGGUGGAGAAGUUCCCCUUGUUCACAGCGGUCUACCAGAUCUGCUAUCAGGGACACCCAGUAAAGGAGUUCAUCACCUGCUUGCAAAACCACCCUGAGCACAUGUAACCCCUUCUUCCUUCACAUGGAGGCAAAACCAGCACAUGUUAAGGUGCCACUGGAAGAUGUUUUGGGGAGUUAAUUAGCGCUAAUAAAUAUUUCCAGCCCCCCCAUCUAUUUUUCUCAAGCAGGAAGUUGAUGAAUUUAAUGUUUCACCUUUGAGAAAUGGGAGAUUUUCCACUAAUGUUUUCUCUAGUUUCCACUGAUGUGAUGCUUCCUGGCUUGUCAGAGACUUUGGAGUUAAUAUCGAAAUGUUUAUCAUGGCAAGUAAAUAGAAUAUUUUUUGUUUGUACUAGAACAUCUAAAACAUCUUAAUUUUACUGGGCUAAAGGACACACUCUUUAAAAAGGAAUAUUUGCGCAAAGGGCAAGAGGUGAAUACCGUCUUAAAUGUCGCUGAUUUUGAAAAGUGAAUUGGCGGUGCAUCUUCGUGCCAUUUUUAUACAUUUUAUUUGUUGCCUUAUUUGAGAACUUUUGAGCCUUGCAGGUUUUUAAACAGGAGUGCCUUACAGAGCCUGAAAUACCCACACGUUCAUCACCUGUCAUGUUCUGUGUUAUGACAAUUAAUUGUGUUGCUUAACCGGUUAAUUGUGUCGUUUUAAGCCAAACUUCCUUUCCAGGUCCCUUUGUUUUUCUUGUUGUCUUUUAUUUUAAUCCUGUGUUGGUUUGUAUCGUUUCUGAAGUAAACAGCUGCAAAUCUGUGUAA